GCGAUACAGAAGAGAGGAGGUGAAGGGGGGUGGGGGGGAGAGAUAUGGUAAUAAAAAUGAUGGCGACCGUUGCAGAGGAGAUAAGAAUCCAAACAAGCCCCUGUCCUGUCCCCGACACCAGCCUCAGCCCUCUGUCCGUCAAACUCACGCGGAAGCACCAGCAGGACAGACAGUGGAGCUUACGCUUCGUUUACCUGCAGUGCUAUUUCUUGACCAUUGCAACAAUAUUGGGAACUGGAAUCUUAGGUCUUCCAGUAACGAUAUCCCAUGCUGGACUGGUGCCUUUCCUCUUCUCUUUUCUCGUUGGCUUCUUUGUCCAGGCUUUGCUUAUCUACCUGUUUGUGGAACUGCUUCAGAAAUGUCAAGUGGUGCAGCUAGAGUCUCUAAAGACAGGAGUAGCAGAGUGUAUUGUGAUGGAUCCGGUGGGGGGGGGAAGCAGCCGGCACAGAGGAAGAGGACGACGAUGAUAGUGAAAAUGCACAAGCAGAUACAGGUUUACUGCAGCCCGAUGCUGUGUCUCUGCACGACCAAUCAGAAAGCCUGGAGCCCAACCUCCAUCUGCUCGGCUACCUCUUCCUCUCCCGGCCAAUGAGCCAUGCCUUCAACUUCAUCCUCCUCUUCCAGUUUAUUUCUAUUGGGAUCAGUUAUGUGCUAGCUGGCAGUGAGGCCUACGCGGCUCUUUUUAAUGUCAGCCACAUCUACGUGAUCCCGGCCUUCACCUGGAUUCUGACUCUCGCCAUAUUAGUCGCCCACACGGUCAUCCAGCCAAUCACCUCGCUGCUCACCCUGCUGAAAGGCAUCCUGCUCAUUGUCACGGUGGCAGUGACAUUUGCAGUGGGGUCAGAGGUGGGCCUGCAGAGCAGCAGCGACUUCAGUCAGAUGGGGAAACCUUUCCUUAUGGGCACGGUGGCUCUGGGAGGGAUUGUAAACGUGAUGCCGCUGCUCUACUCACGAAUCUCUCACAACAGAACUCAGAUCAUGUGGUUUCGGAGGGCAGUGCUAGGAGGUCUGACAACCUGCACCGUGCUCAACAUCCUCUGGUGCUGGGCAGUGCUGGAAAUCGUGCCUCAGACGUCGACAUCAGAGAGGCGGCUGGCAGCUGGGACCUCUCCAGACCCCGGCACCCCUCUGCUGUACUCCAACAUCUCUCUGGAAGAGUCGGAGAGAGCAGGAGAGAUAGCCACCAUCCCCCUGACUAAGAUCAUCAAUGAGCGCUACAAGGCGUACUCCUGGGUGGCUGAGCUCAUCCAGGUGUUCGUAGCCAUCAGCGUCACUGUGUCCUUCCUGGUCAUGGGGUCCGCCAUGAAACACACCAUUGACGGAGUGGUGAGCUCUCUGUGGAGCAGCAGGAUGGAGGAGCUGUCUAAAUCCUGGGAGAGAAGAAUGGCCAACAAACAGACGCUGUGCUCAGCAAAGAGCAUGGCUAAAGGAUUCAUGUCACUGCUCGCAUUCCUGGCCAUCUUCAUCGUGUCAGUGUGCGAUCCCCAGGGUUUUAUCAUCAUGUUGGACAAAGUGGUCUCGUUCUCCCUGAACACUGAGGUGGGACUGUUCAUCUUCAUCAUGCUCAGAGAGUCCAGAGAGGACAGAUUCAAACACCUGGCGGUCCCCCUGCCGGUGGGGGAGUGUGUGUUCAGCCUCAGCUGGCUGCUGCCCACCUACUUCCUGUUUGCGGUGACCUACGACGUCCUGCAGACGGUGGCCGACUUGGCUCACUACAUCGCCGUGUACAGCCACAGUCAGGACACCCCCCCACACAACGUGACAGGGGGGCUGACAGCAGCCAACGCCUCCAUCCUGCUCUGAGGAGGAGGGGGGGGGGGGGGGGUGAAGUGCCAACAAAUCUGAAGCUUCGCAACAAGUGCUUUUAUAUAAUAUGAUACGAUGUAGCCAUUGUUUUGUUUUUGACGCCGUCUUUGGGGCCAUACUUUGAGUUUUUGCACUUUCCCGUGGCAACUUUUCAAACAUGCUUUAUAUAUAUGAUGUCAAAGCACACUUGUAAAUAUGACAUACGUUAUAUAUCUUACACUGUAGGUUGAAUUACUGGCAAUGCAGAGAAUAAAAAAGCAUUUAUUUAAAUGACAAUGUAUGUUAUAAUGUUUAGUUUAUUUAUUAUUAUGAAAUUAUUCAAUAUAACUUGAAAUCUACCGUUUUGAAUCACGCUCAUCUUCUUUUAUGCUAAAGCCACAUGGUACGGCUUGAAUCGACAUGCAUUGCAGAUGACACCGGCUCAGUGUAGGGAAACCGAAAGAGUUUGUCGUUUGGAGCCGUAUGUAAGUUAAAUCAAAAGUAUUCCCAAACCUUUCUGCACAAUGCACCGUUUCUAUCCUGACAGUCACUGCGGAUUGUUCUGUACUCCUCAUGCGUUGCACACUGAGGCAGAAAGUCACAAGUUCUGCUUCAGGAUUCAUCAUUUCUCUCUAUUUAUCCUCCCCACACACCCCAACAUAACUUAGAAAAUCUCUAACCUACAAAAGAUACAUCAUUAUUCUUUACAGCUAAAUGAUGUUCUUCAUUCAGGCCUUAUAAUGUUCCGGGGCCAAUCAGCUGUGAGCCCUAUAGGGACCGGGAACCUGUGUUCGCCCUGACAAAACUGAAAGGUUGACUUUAAUUCAAUGUAUUGUGUCAACAGAUUACACAUAAUUGUAUUAGCUUAGUUAAAAGCAAUAAUAUUGUGAACAUAAUGUAUUUAUUUAAACGUAAAUGCUUUUAACUAACCUAAUACAGCGUACAGUGUUUUCUGUUGAAUUUUCAUCCAACAAUAUUAGGGCCCGUAUACUUUUUGUCUCCUAUUCACGUUAUGACCGCCAGCUCUAAGGCGCUUCCACAUUGCCGGUACUUCCUGGUUAAAGUGUAAUUGCUAUUACUUUGCAUAGCGUCACCAGCUUUAUCUACCUUUACUUGCCAAAUAAACUGUUUUUAAGCUUUUGAAUGAAGUUUUAUUAAGUUAUAACAGUCAGGCCAGAAAAUAACUAUUUAUACAUUUUGUGAUUACUCUCACUGACUGAAUGGUAGACACAGGUCUGCACUAAAAGUCUAACCAUAAGGUGUUAAAUAAUCAUUAGGAGAGCCACGAAUUUGGCAAUAGCUAGCUCGAUAGCUAACAUUCGCUAGAUGGGAAGCUAUGGUGAGUUAGUACACUCAGGGAGGUUUCAUUUUGGAGAUGCAAAUCCAGAUUGUUGCAACUUCCCUUUACAUUAAGAAGAAGAAUAUUCCAUUAGCUUUAUGAACAUACAGUGAGAGUAAAGCAUGCCUCUUUAGUUUCAUUGUGUCACCAGCAUGAGGGACGUUCAAGCUCUCAUUCAAUGUUGUAUUGGUCAUAUAUUUUGUGCUUUCACGUGAAUAAAACACAGAUUGUCACUGACUACACCAUGUUGGUUCAGCAUUUGUACGCACACUCAAUAAAAACACAAAACUCUUAUCAAAAUAUAUUUUAUUCUGGACUUGUGUUCCACUGAUCUGAGUUAAAAUGAUAACAGAUGGAUGUGAUGGAAACAUGGGGGAGACGCUGGCCGCCGACAUGACGUUCUGCUGACAGAGAAAGGCUGUGGCACAGACCGGAGGAGUGAGAUAUUAGAGGCGGAAAUUAAGUUAGUUUGCAGUCCAAAUGUUUUUCAGAAGCACAGCUCUGGAGAAGAAUUGUAUGUUUUUUGGUGUCGUUAAAACCUCUGUACCUAAAGCUUAAACUUAGUCGAAUUGAAGGUUAAAAUCCAAUUAAAAUGUAUGAUAACUUCAACAUUUCAUGAUGGUGUGAGAUGAGUUCACUUGUUUUCAGUCAAAUAUCACCAGAGAAUAAAUAUUGUUCGACUCUGCCACUGCACAGGAAACAUAUAUUUUAGACUUCUAACAAUCGGACCGGAACAAAAAACCAAUUAGAAAUUUCCCCUUCAAAUUUGCACAGAAAAACAUUUGUCUCACAAGAACAAGUGUUCUUGAUCAAAUAAGACACAUACGAAAGUCCAUAUUCAACCAAUGAAAUGACGUCUGCUUCCAGAGCAACCCUCUUCGUGACUGUAGCGAAAAUAAAAGGGGAACCAGAAAAAGUCCCUAGAGUCUUUGCUUGAUUGAAAAAUUACAAUUUUAUUCAAUUUAAAGAGUAACUUUUUUUCUGAAUUGUCUUCUCUGUAGGCCGUCGUUUUCCGGGACAAAACGUCCUCCCAAAAAGAUCCAAGCAAAAAAGAAAAGUAAACCAUUUCUUUAUU